AUGUGCGUCCGGACCAAUCACAGCAGUCCGAUGUGCGACCAGACCAAUCACAGCAGUCCGGUGUGCGUCCGGAACAAUCACAGCAGUCCGAUGUGCGUCCGGACCAAUCACAGCAGUCCGGUGUGCGUCCGGACCAAUCACAGCAGUCCGAUGUGCGUCCGGACCAAUCACAGCAGUCCGGUGUGCGUCCGGACCAAUCACAGCAGUCCGAUGUGCGACCGGACUAAUCACAGCAGUCCGAUGUGCGUCCGGACCAAUCACAGCAGUCCGGUGUGCGUCCGGACCAAUCACAGCAGUCCGAUGUGCGUCCGGACCAAUCACAGCAGUCCGAUGUGCGUCCGGGCUAGUGACAGCGCGCUGUAG